AUUUAAAUUAUGUCAGAUCAAUGCACCAAGGGCACUAAUUGGGGUGUGGUUUCCAUUGAUGAUAAAAAUUUAUGUAUGAAAUAUAAUCAGAGUAACAUAAUCAAAUUGCCACUAAAGAAAGUAGUAAAUUCAAACACUUAGAAAAAUGAUAUCGUACUUUAAUUGAGUACAGAUGAUUAUGGAGAGAAGUAUAAAAAUAAUAAUAAUAUAUAAGUGAUGAUAUGUUAUGUGAAGUCAGAUUUUAUAUUCCUCCAUAAGAGUAGGUAAUUUAGUUAAAAUAAAGUAGAAAUUGAAAUAAGAGAAGGAAAAGAAGAAACAAGAAAAUGAAGAUAAUUAGAAUAGUAUGGAAGAAGAAGAUGAUGGAGCAGAUGAUGAUGCUGAACCAACAUUCUAAUAGAAAUUACAAAAUGAAAUAUUAACUAAAGCCAAAAUAGGUUAAAGUAGUGCAGAUUCUAUACUAACUAUUCAUGAUGUUCCAUUAAUUGUACCAAGGUAAUUGAUUUAUUUAAUAUAUUCAAUAGAGGUAAAUAUACUAUGGAUUUCUUUAAAAAAGAUAUUAGAUUUCAUGGAAAUACCUAUCAAUUUACAACUGAUUAUAAAGGAAUCUCAAGAUUCUUUUUAUUGCCUAUGCCAGAUGAAAUUAAUCUAUCUUUUGUAAUUGGUUUAGAACAUCCUUUUAAAUAAGGUCAGACAACUUACAAUUUUCUUGUCAUGUAAUUUAAAAAGGAUUUUGAAAAUGAAAUUAAACUAAAAUAUAGUAGACAAAAAUUAGAUGAAAUUGGAUGGAAAGGAAUAAAAGAAGAAUAUUCUGGACCACUUUAUGAUAUAGUUUGUGAAGUAUUAGCUGAAAUUACAGGAAUUAAAGUUGUAUCUCCUAAAAAUUUCAAAAGUAAAAAUGGUCUAUUUUGUCUGAGAUGUUCAGUUGGUCCUCAUUCAGGAUUUCUAUUUCCAUUAGAAAAAUCAUUAAUAUAUUUAUAAAAACCAGUAUUACAUAUAAAACAUGAAGAAAUAAAAGAAGUUAUAUUUUAAAGAGUAAUAUUUAUAUCUCUAAAUAUAUUAGAUUGGUUCAACAAAUUUAAACAAAUUCUUUGAUGUUAAAAUUGUAUACAAAAACUAAAAUUAAUUAUUUUCAGGAAUAGAAAGAGAUGAAUUAGACAAUUUGACUUAAUAUUUCUAAUAAAAGAAAAUAGCAGUGAGAAAAUUAUAAGAUGAAGUUCCUCAUAUUCCUUUAGAUGAUAGCGAUGAUGAUGAAGAUGAAGAUGAUAGUAGAUAAAAAAAGAAGAAUGUAUAUAAUCAAUUUUUUAAUUAUUUUAGAAGACUAAUAUAGAUCCAAAUAAUAUGGAUUCUGAUGAUGAUGAUGAUGAUUUUCAUGCUGCAGAAGAUGAUGAAGAUGGAAGUGGAAGUGAAGAUAGUGAUGAACCAGAAAGUGCUUCUAGAAAUUAAAAAUGAUUAUUCAUUCAUCAGAUCAAAUUCUUU